CCGGCAAUGGCGACUUCUCUAACUCAUUGCUUCUCCUUCCCCUCUUGUUCGCUCUAUCCGUCUCUAUCUUCAUCAGGAAAAUCGAGAGUUAUACCCUUAGGAAACCUUUAUUUCCAUCGCAGACAACCUUCAUCUUCAUUCAUUUCGAAACCAAACCGAGGGUUUCAAUUCAUGUAUUUAUCUCCGAUAACCGUCAACACUCGGAGAAGUUACGUAUCAUCCCACCAAGCUUCACUAACUAAUGGCGAAGAAACGAAUCCAAAGCACCAACAAGAUGUAAAAACCCUGAUUAAAGCUUACAAACAAGCUCUCUUCACUGGAGAUGAACUCACCGUUACAGAAAUGGAAACCGUUUUUCACGAAAUUGAGAAGGAAAAGAAUAGAUUCGACAAUAGGGUUUUAUCAUUAUCAAUGAAGAUAGCUUCAGAGAAGGACACCAAAAUCAGGUUGCAGGCUGAUUUUGACAAUACAAGGAAAAAGCUUGACAAGGAUCGGCUUAGCACAGAGUCAAACGCAAAAGUGCAAACCAUGAAAAAUCUCUUGCCACUGAUUGAUAGUUUUGAGAGCGCGAGACAACAGAUUAAACCCGGUACGGAAGUGGAGAAGAAGAUCGAUACGAGUUAUCAGGGAAUUUACAGGCAAUUCGUCGAAGUGUUGAGACACCUUCGUGUUAAAGCCAUUGCAACUGUGGGCAAGCCAUUUGAUCCCUUGUUGCACGAGGCUAUUUCGCGAGAAGAAUCUGAGGCGGUUAAGGUAGGGAUGAUAACUGAGGAGUUGACCCGGGGAUUUCUUCUAGGAGAUCGGGUUCUGAGACCAGCAAAGGUUAAAGUCUCGCUAGGACCCAUAAAAAAGAAGACUACUUCACUAGCUGACGAGACUACACCUUCUGCUUGAGUUGGUGUCUCAUGUCUUGUGUUUAAGUCAACUUCUUUCUUUAUUAAAGGUAAAACAAAAAGCAGCUAUUUCUGAUUAGGAAGUUGGGUAGCUGUUGAGAGUUGGUACUCAUGGAGUUGAUCAGAAGCGUUAGGUUCAUGUUGUCUGUCUUGGUCCUUAACAAAUACGUUGGUACAACUAUAUUUUUCGACCUGAUUUAUCAGUCAAAAUGUCUCCUACAACAGUUAUGGAUCCAAGAUUUUGCUCGA